AUGGAGGAGGAUUCGCGUGAGAAGGCGUUCCGUUUCGUCGCCUACUCGGCCGUCACCUUCUCGCUCAUCGCCCUCGUCAGUGUGUUCGUCACGCUGCCGCUCGUCAACAACUACAUCCAUUCGGUGCAUUUGCGUGUGCACGACGAGAUGCAAUUCUGCAAGUUGUCGGCGCGCGACGUGAUGCUCGAGAUGCACAAUUUCCGCGCGACGCCCAACAAGAACCUUCCGUUCUUCCUGCGGCGCUCGUCGAACGAGACGACGCGUCUGAAGCGUCAGGCGGCCGCGUGCCAGGGCUGUUGUCUUCCGGGACUGCCGGGACCCGACGGACCGCCCGGAAAGAACGGAGCGCCAGGAAGACCCGGCGCACCGGGAGCUCCUGGAUUCCCGGGACGUCCGCCAGCGGUGUGCGAGGAGAUCACCGAGCCGCCAUGCACCCCGUGCCCUCCGGGAGAGCCGGGACCACCGGGACCGCCAGGCGACGCCGGAAACCCAGGACAAUCGGGACAUCCGGGCCGGAACGGAAACGACGGAGGCGCCGGACCACAGGGACCGCCAGGAACGCCCGGAAACAACGGAGAGGGCGGUAGAGACGGACCACGCGGAGAGCAAGGAAGACCCGCCAUCUCGACGCCCGCACUUCCCGGAGAUCCAGGCGCGCCCGGAGAGACUGGACCGCCAGGACUGCCAGGAGAGCAGGGACAAGCCGGUAAGUCUCCGACCCUAGUUCUUUACCUAAUUUGACCCGAUUUCCAGGAAGACCGGGAUCUGACGGAGCUCCAGGACCUCAGGGACCACCAGGACCGCCCGGACAACAAGGACAUCCGGGACAAGCGGGUCCGGCAGGACCACCCGGACAACCGGGACCACAAGGAGAACGCGGAAUCUGUCCAAAGUACUGCGCGCUCGACGGAGGCGUCUUUUUCGAGGACGGAACUCGCCGCUGA